AUGAGAUCUCCAAAAACCCGCACCCCCAAAAGCAGUACUAUUAUAUGGAAUGAGGCUGAGGUUAAAGCAUUCAUCAACCAUAUGGUUGAGAAUGUUCGGAAAGGUCAAAAGACCAAUUCCACCUUCACAAAGGUGGGGUGGGAUAAUAUUAAGAAAGGGUUAGAACAGGAAUUCAGUCGCCCGUUUGCAAGGGAGCAACUGCGUAACAAAAUGAACAAGUUACGAAGGCAGCACAACAGCUUCAGGCGUUUGCUAGAAAUGAUGGGAUUCGGAUGGGAUGCAAAUGCAAGGACUGCGACAGCGGAAGAUUUGUGUGGGAAUCAGAAAUUAAGGUAUGAAUAUUUUAUUCGGUUUAGAUAUGAAAAAAAAGAGUGGGCGAAAUACAGAAGAGAAGGUCUACCAUGGUGGCCGGAGUUGUUAGAGAUAUUCUCCGACUCCAGUGCCCGUGGGGAUAGAGGGUUAUCACAGACUAUAGCAAUUACGCCUACUUCCACUAAUGUUGUUGUUGAUGAUGAUGAAUUUCAGGACACUGAACCGGAUGUGAGUGAAGGUAGUAGUGGCGAACCCGACAAUUCAGCUCCUCCUAGGUGGCACAUUGACAGGACUCCUACGGAUUGUAGGAGGAAGAGUCAGACACGCACACUCACGAACUCUGCACAGGACCUCAGGGAGUUUGUGAGAUGGAGGAUGGAGAAGGGAAACUCCUUUGCCACUUCAGCCGUUGUCCGACCUCUAGAUCCAAUGUAUGACGGGCCACAUAGUAUUAUGAGCUGUCAGAAGCUCCUUGACACUUUAGAAGAGCUUCCAUCGGAUUUGUAUGUCUUGGCUCAGCGUAAGAUACAUAGUGAUGUUGGUUGGCGCUUGUCAUUCGUGGAAGUUAUGGCUGACAGGAGGUUGUGGAUGAUCCAACACUUGAAGGAUAUCCCGUGA